UGAUUUUUUAGGUUAUAUGCAUGACUUGAGAAACUUGUUAUUGCUUGAAACGUUUCAGUAGUGAAUCAUCCGAAGUAGGUCGCCUUUAAUCUUUGUGAAUGACUAAGUCCUUUACGUCGUUCCACUUCAUUUUUUCUUAUAAUAAUAAAAUGUAAGAGUUUAAUCUUGCAAUGCAUUGUUUGUAGCUGAAAAUUUCCUUCUAGGCAGGUCCUCAAUGUGUGUUGUCCUGUGCCAAAGAGCAUAGAGUGCUACCUACUCAAGGGUUUACUUGUUGCCUAGCAAUGGAUGGUGUCAACAUACUCGCCUCUGGCUUUGAAAUGGAUGAAAAGGCUGAUAUCGCAAAGAUGGUUACUUCAAUGGGAGGAUUUUUGCAUGCAAAAACAUCGUCAGACGUCAGUUUUGUUAUCGUGAAGAAUGUUUUGGCUCAAAAAUACAAGUGGGCUUUAUACACUCUUAAAAAACCAAUUGUCACCAUCAAUUGGCUUCUUCAAUGUUGGAAAGAGCACCGUGUAGUUCCUCAGGAGUCCUACAGGGUUCUCCCUUUUUCUGGAUUGACUAUAUGUGUUAGUGGAAUGCCUCAAGAUGAGCGUAAAGAAGUGGAGAGGCUUGUCAUGCAAAAUGGUGGCAAAUAUUCAGCUGAGAUGACCAAGAAAUCCACACAUUUGAUCUGUGAUACUCCUGAAGGUGACAAAUAUAAGGUUGCAAAACGAUGGGGAUGUAUACACAUUGUGAGCAAGAAAUGGUUUCACCAAUCGAUUGCCAGAAGAGCAUGUCUUAAUGAGGAGUCCUAUCCCGUCCAAAGUAAUUUGGCAUCUUCAGUGAGUAGUUUAAAGACGGUGGAGAAAAACAUUAACGGUAAAGGUAUCAGAAGUUCGCAUUUCACCUCCUCCUAUAUGGCAUCUGCUUCGGAUUCCGAAACCAAUUUUUCUGCUCCGGAUAUGGAAUAUGAUCUUGAAAUUCCCCUGCCAAAUGUCCAUCCUACUUGUUUAGAGGUUCCUCCCUUACCUGCAGAGGGGAGUGAACCACCUGCCGAAAAGCUGAAAAAUGAUUCAGAUUUUGCUCACUGCAUUGCUGAUGAUUCUCAAAGUGAGAAUGACAACCUAUACUUGUCUGAGUGCAGAAUCAUGCUUGUAGGCUUUGAGACUUCUGAAUUACGGAAGGUAGUUGACAUGGUUCGCCAGGGAGGUGGUUCUCGUUACAUGUCCUUCAGUGAGAAAUUGACGCACGUCGUAGUUGGAAACCCAUCAGACAUUGAAAUCAAGGAAGCAAGGAAUCUUGCAUCUUUUGGAGUCAUUUACAUUGUUAAAACAGCAUGGCUUGACGAAUGUACCCGCAAAAAGAAAGAAGUUCCCGUACUUCAGAGCCACAUUCCUUAUGAUUUGCUUCUUCCCAAAGAUCCUGUGAUCUUCGAUAAAACAACUUCAACGAGUAUGAAGAGUGUGAAACAGGGAAAACCGGCGACUUCUCAGCCUGUGGAUGAUAACAUCCUAGAGAACAAGAAAUCUCAAUAUGAAGGUUUAUUUGGCCUGAAAGAAGAGAUAAAGUUGCAAAGUGGAGUGAGCAAUGGAAUUAAGCAUGUAAAAUCUCCAACUGUAUUCAAAGGGAAGCUGUUCCGUUUUUCAAGUUCUUUUCCUGAAGAACAAAAACCCGAAAUAGUGCUGUGGGUUAAUGGAGGUGGUGGAGUUGUAGCAGAUAGAAAUGAAACGAACGUGCACUUCAUUGUGGAGCGUCACGGUGUGCCGUGCCUGACCAAAACCAUCAGGAGUACCUACGUUACCCCUCAUUGGAUUCAUUCUUGCCUCGAGGAUGGUUGUUUGCUGGAUGUUAGCAGCCACAUUCUCUAUUCUCCACUGUCGUGUGAAAUUCCUUUACCUGGAUUUGAAGGAUAUCGCGUCUGUGUUUCACGAUACGAUACGAAAGAAAAGCAGCUCCUGAGAAAUUUGUGCUAUGUUCUUGGAGGGAAGUUCACUGAAAAACUGAACAAGAAAGUCACUCAUUUAUUAUGUAAAUUUGCCGAUGGUGAUAAAUAUGAAGCCGCUAGUAGAUGGGGAGUACAUAUAGUUACAGCUGAGUGGAUAUAUGAAUGCGCUAUGCAGAACAAAGUUGUAGAUUUGAAAAGGUUUUACCCUAAAGAACUAACCUCUCAAGAGCGGCAAUCAGGAUUAAACUCGCUGAGUCAGUAUCCUACAGAGUCGUUUAGUAUGCCAUCUGGGAACGAUGUCUCGCAAUAUCCGGACCAGUGGCAGCACCUGAAAAAUAUGCAAACAGAUCCUUCAACAAGAUGUAUGGCUAGAGAUAAUAAAGAAUUCCCAAACGGUAGUAUAAAAAAGGCAAGAUUGUCAGAAAAUAGUAGUAUAAACCACCAGCUAUCCGACGACGCCACUACUCCAUGUUCUGUCAAUGUCAAGGAUUCUACAGACGCCAUUGUAAAUGGAAAUACUACGGAAGCUACUCCUGUAGUUCCCGAUGUCGCUGCAGCUAUCGAGGAUUUUUUGGAGCAAACGAGCAAGAUUCAAGAAUGGAAGUCUCAGGAAAAGAGUGAUUGCCAUGAAAAUUUUAUGCCGUCUAAUUCUUCAAUGCUUGGUCAAAGGCAUGCUGAUCCGCAGUCUUUUCCGGGGCCAUCUAAGCAAUGGAUGAACAGGGUAGACAGAAAAGACGAUAGCCCCCCUGCCGAUGCAGCAGCAGCUAAAGGACUCUAUGAUAAUUUUAGCGAAACGCAAACUGAUUCUCAGGUGGUUGGUUACGAAGAAGAUUUAUCUGGUAGACAAAUGAUCAUUGAUAGAGUGCGUACAAGGAGCAGCAUGACUUGAACUCGUAAAUCAAUUAUUUGAAUACUCGAAGCUCUAAUCGAUAAGCAGCAACUUCACACAUCCCCACAAACGAGAGGAAAACCGAAGAUAAAAAUCUAAUUUAAAAGGGUAAAAAAAAAUUGUCCGUAAAUUAGCUAUUUCCUAAAAUUUGGAUCAAACAUUGUUUGUAUAAUGUUUACAUAUUGAAAAAGUAGUACUAGAAAAUGUAACACUUUGUAAUUUUACUAUUGUCAUUUGGUUGCACGGCUUAAAAAUUUGAAGUUUUUAAUA